CGCAAAGCGCCCGGCCGUGCCAAGGGCCGGAGUGAAAGUGUGUGUUGUCCCCGGGGGCGGAGAGGACGGCGAGGCCACAGCUGCCCCAGCUCAGCAGAAGAGAGCUUCGGGGAAAAGCUGAGCCAAACUUUCAAACUAGGGGAGCCUUAACAGGGCACAUGUCGCUCACAGACCUCAAAGGGCUUGGCAAUCAAGACAGGAGUGUCCUGGAGAUGAAACCCUGUGCCACCUACGAGCUGUUAGUGGAUGGCGUUGGGCCAUGGGACUUCACUGGAGGUUUUGUUCCCUGUGAGCUGCUCCUUGUUGGAGAGGAUGCCUACCCUGUGCUCCUGAGUGCCAAGAAGCAGGUCCUGAUUGCUGUUUCACAGUAUGGGAAGGGCCGGAUGGUGGUUGUUUCCCAUGAAGGAAUCCUGAAGGACCCCAAGUUCUCCCAGUUCCUCAGAAAUGCCAUGGAGUGGCUCAAGCCUUUCCCGGAUGCCCUGGUUGGGGUUCAUCCUCGGUUGGAUUCCCUGUCCCAGGUGCUGCUCGGGGCUGGCACUCGAGUGCAGGUGGGGGCAGAGCCCAGCCCAUCCAUGGGGGUGUUCUGCAUGGAAGCCUAUGACAGCUCCCAGGCCAAAGGCAUCGUGGACUUUGUCAAAGCAGGUGGAGGGCUACUUAUUGGAGGCCAAGCCUGGUACUGGGCGAGUCAACAUGGCAAGGAGAAGGUGCUGUUCGAAUUCCCUGGCAACCAGGUGACCAGCGUGGCUGGUGUGUACUUCACAGGAAAUGCUGUGGAAAAAGGUGUCUUCAAAGUUGCCAAGAAGAUUCCCAAGAUCCCAUUAGUUGUCCCGCACCACGCCAACCUGAGCCUUGAUGCUGAGUUUCUCCUGCACGGGGUGUCGGAGCUGGAUUUGGUGACGGGGGGCAUCCCCUCCACCUUGCUGGUGCACGGAGCCCUGUCCUUCCCGCUGUGCCUGGACCGCUCCCAGUGCUGCCUCUUGGCCGCCGCACGCUACGGCCGCGGCCGCGUGGUGGUGGCGACCCAUGAGAGCCAGCUGUCCUCCCCAAAGCUGGCCAGAUUCCUGCUCAACGCUGUGUCCUGGCUGGAUGCCGGGAGGAAGGGGCUGGUGGCGGUGGAUCCCAGACUGAAGAAGCUGUGCAGCCUCCUGUCUCAGGCAGAGGUGAAGUCGCAGCUGUCACAGCUGGCGGGUGACAUCAGCGUGUACUGCUGCACUUCUUACGGUGACAGGGAUGCUGAGAGGAUCCACGCUUUCGUGGCAGAGGGAGGUGGCCUGCUGGUGGGGGGCCAGGCCUGGUACUGGGCUUCCCAGCACUGUGGCACAGCCGCUGUGGCAAAAUAUCCUGGCAACAGGAUCCUGAACCGCUUUGGGCUGAGCAUCCUGGGGCAGAGCGGCCAGGCAGCCAAGUACGCGCCCGUGGGGCCAGGGGAGCACUACCACUUCCGCAGGGCUCUCCUGCUCUUCAGCACCCAGCUGCAGGAGCAUCAGGAGCCCACAGAGCCCCUGAAGGGCUGGCUGCAGCCGCUGGCACAGGACUGCGCUGCCUUCCUGCACAUCCCAGCCCACGACUGCCCGGCAUAUGCCUCGCUCCACCGCAUCCUGGCCAAAGUGCUCAAGAGGACUGGGAUCCCGCAGGUCAGCAGGCACUGCCCGGUCAAGAGCAACUCCAAAGAGGCAGUGCUUCUCUGCAUGGCCACCGAGCUGUCCUUCACCAUGACAGACAGCUCAGCCCUGGUGCAGAAACCUGCUGCUGGGGUCUGUUCCCUCCCUGUCACUGUGGAAAUCGAUGGCACAAACCCAGGAAAUACAGCCUGGAGGAGCACAGGGCUCUACCUCCCCGAAGGGCACACAGCAGUAAUAACGUGCCCUUGUCUGGUGGUCGGUGCUGGUCUGAAGGUGCAGGUUGGGUGUCACACGGAUGACCUCUCUAAAGCCAAGGAGCUGAAACGGGCACCAGUGGUAAUACGCACCUGUGAUGUUGCCUGCCAGAAACAAUCCAUUUCCUGCCUCUGGGGUGGCCUCAUUUACAUCGUAGUACCAGCAAAGAGUGUCCUGGGGAACGUGCCCAUCACGGUGGAAGGGGCAGUCCGAGCUCCUUUCUUCAAGCUUGGGGAGACCUGUGAGAGGCAGUGGGAGGCCUGUAUCCGGCACUACCCUGCUCCUUGGGCAGAGCUGGCUGUGGAGAAUCUCAUCCUGACGGUGCCUUCUGACAGCAUCCGCCACAUGGAGGACCCCCGCCCGCUGCUGACCCUGUGGAACGAGAUCAUGGUGGCGAUAAGCAAGCUGGCAGCCAUACCAGCAAAAUUCCCAAGGCCAGAGAGGAUUGUAACAGAUGUCCAGAUCUCAUGUGGCUGGAUGCAUUCUGGCUACCCCAUCAUGGGCCACCUGGAUUCAGUGAAGGAGAUGUUAGACGUGCAGCACAUGCAAACCACUGGUCUUUGGGGUCCCAUCCACGAGCUGGGACACAAUCAACAGCAGCAGGCAUGGGAGUUUCCCCCUCACACCACAGAGGCCACAUGCAACCUCUGGUCUGUCUAUGUUCAUGAGGAGGUGCUGGGCAUUCCCAGGCAUCAGGCCCAUCAGGCACUCAAGCCACAGUGCCGGGAGGAAAGGAUGAAAGACUAUCUGAAGAAGGGUGCUCAGCUAAAGGACUGGAACAUGUGGACUGCUCUGGAGACAUACCUGCAGUGAAUGUUCCAGAAUUCUUACCUUGCUGUAAGGCCACUGAUGCACCACAAGGGACUGCAGUGACAGAGUCAGAGGCUCUCUGCAUCUCCUCCUGCUCAUAUGAAUGUGGAUCAGAGUGCAGGCAAUUUGCUGUGAGCAAGAGAUGGUGCUGAAGUGCCAGACCUCAUGAUUAGCUGAGGCAUUUCCAGGAAACCAGCAGAUUGUCCAAAAGCCUGUCAAGAUAAAUGAUUUAUAAUUAAGCAGCAGGAUGUGAAAAAGCUUUCUCAGAACUGCUGGGGACACAGUACCACUCUGUAGAGUUCUGGAGUACAGUCUUGUACUGGCCAUGGCUUCCAUCAAGUAAAGCCACUGAGAAGAGAGGAAAGCAAAGGAAAAUGCUAUUGUUAUCCUUUCCACCUCAUCAAUGAGCAACCUGUGCUAUCCUCCACCUUCUGCUUUGAAGCCCCAACAUUGUGUUAACCUGCUAUGAAAUCUGGAUUGAGCAAGGAGGGGAGAACAGCAGGAGAGGAGAGCAGCAGGCCACUUGUCCCACUACCAGUCACUCCUUCCCUCGGAAGAGCUUCUCUCACCUCUGCUGGAUGAGAGACUCAUUUCCCAGCCGACAAACCUGGAUUAGAAAUCAUCUGAGAUGGGGCAAGGAAAGGGACAAAGAAGUCAUAUGACAAGCAAAUAGCAGAGGAGAGGCCUGUUUUGGUGAAGGCCAUUUGCCUGCUGGCAGAGGGAUUAGGAUAUGGGUUUUCCACCGGACCAAAGGCAGUCACCUGAGCCCUUCUUCCCAAGGGGAUUGAGAGAUCCUGGAACCCACCAAGGCAGCUGGUCACAAAGGCAGUUUUGAUUGCAAGAGCAAAAAUGAGAAAGACCCAGAUGUUCAGCCAGGAGCAGCUUCUCUCUUCUGCUGGGGCUGAAAAACACAAAGCAAGAGUGAGCAUGUCUCUGCCCAGAGCUGGGGGCAGGAUAACCCAGGGGGCUCUGUACCCCAACACCCUGCUGGUCCCUGGUUCCAAGGACUGGGGAACCUGGUUCUCACAGGUGCUGGAAGCAGGUCCUGCUGCCUGUCACUAGCAGUGCCUCAAAGCCACAGAGUACAGUAACACAGGGGCUGCCCUGAGGCUGCUUUUUUAUUUCCCUCUUUAUCACAAGACCUUCCUGCAUUCUGCCCAAAUCUCACUCCCCCUUUGUCCUCGCCAAACCUUCUUUGUCCUCAACACAUCUUUCUUGUUGCCUUCCAUGACCCCUGUCUGUCAAUGAACACUCUUCUGGAUCUCCCUCCUCUUCCUCUCUCUUUAGAGCUUCUUUCUCUCACUACCUGGAUUUUGCCUCUGUACCAUGAGCCCCUUUCUGCAAUGGCACAGACCCCCAAAGGAGUGACUGCCCAGCUCUGGCUGUGCACAGCCAGACACACAGAGAAGGGAUUGUUUCCACAGGGAGAAAAGGCACUUGGCAGCUCUUGGGAGAACCUGGCUGGGUUGUACUGUGAGACACCAGGGAUGGGAGCAGGGACUUGUGCUCAGUGUGAUGCAGAGAGCUUUACCAGGGGGAAUCACAGAAGGAUAGCACCCUUCAGCCCCAUUGUUUAGAGACAACCCACUGAAGGGAAUAGCAGGGCAUUGUCUGCAUGGACUUCCACUCCCCUGGCUCUAGGAAAAAAGGUCAUCCUGGCAGCCUGGGCACUGCCGAGUUCCUUCAUCUGUUGCCUUGCUCUUGUCCUAAGCCCCAUCUCCUGGGAGGAGGGCAGCCACUGUACCAUGCCCAGGAUCCAUCCCAGUCCUGUCUUUCCCCAACUGCUUUGACAGGAGGACAGAAAGGAAAGAAGGUUUGGGGCUUACCUGGAGUUCCAGGAUUGACUCUCCCUUGGCCAUUCAUCAUCUCUACAAGAGGAUCACUCUUCUCCCAGGGUCCCUGUUACCAGUGUGGCCACAAACAGCCUCCCUCCUGCACAGGGCACCUCCCACACUGGUGAGGGGCCUGCACAGGCUCUAAUCUGAUGUACUGAAAAAGCAAUAUUCUGGGUGCAUCCCACAGCACGUGGAAAUUGGGGAAUUUUCAUCAUUUCCCGGCCAGGACAUUUCACAAGAUGCUCAUUGCAACACAAACUCAUUGAGGCAAAUGAAAACAAAUGCAGGGGAGCAUCACUGCAGCUCACACAAUCUCCCUUUGCACAGCCUCAGGUGGUUUCACAGCUCAUCCAUGGCCUUCCUUCUCUGCUGCCUGCUCUUUCCUGCUGAGGGUCCAUGUGUGUGAAAGUACAUACAUGGGCAGGUAUAUUUGGCAUUUGCUAGCCAA